GGGUGAGGGGGACCUCCAGAUAUGGGAUCGCUGGUGUAUACCGCAAGCCGGAAAAUAAAAGCUGCGUACUGAAUGUUUCUCGCUGCGUUGAGCCGUGAGUGUACGGGAGAAGAAUCGGACGUUUGAUCAGCGAAUGAAGCCCACUUCAUCCGCCACUUCUGCUGGAUAUAGGUAAACGGGCAUUUGAUUUACCACAGCAACACAAAGAAACGUGGCUGGUAAUGACAUCUAUCAGUGGUGGUUCUGGUUUGAGAAAAUGCCUUUGCAACAUGGACUCCACAGUGAGCUCUGUGGACAGCGGGAGUCUGUGAGUGAAGAGCUAUAGUCUUUUGAGUGCCCCAACCCCCCAGCCCCAGGCAGCCUCCCUCGCCUACUCCCACCUCCACCUUAUCGUGGCUGGCUCGUUCCACCCCGCCCUACCCUUCCAUGAUGGGGAGCGCUCCACUCAUUGCUGUGCUGGCAGCCUGCAUAUUUCUCCUGCACGGGGCUGAAGGUGGGCAAAACCCGGAUCACAUGCUGCACGGGACCGGAGUAAAGCCCGGCUCUGACAGCAGGAAAGCUGGUGAUGAUGCCACCGUGGCCCCUGAGGAUGCUGCUCGGUUCCUGAGCUGUCACUGCUCUGGUCACUGUCCAGAGGAUGCCAAGAACAAUACCUGCGAGACCAAUGGUCAGUGCUUUGCCAUCAUUGAGGUGGAUGAGCAGGGUGAGGUCGUCCUGAGCUCAGGAUGCAUGAAGUAUGAGGGCUCCCACUUCCAAUGCAAGGAUUCCCCCCGAGCUCAGACGCGCCGCACCAUCGAGUGCUGCCAGACAGACUUCUGCAAUCAGGAUCUGCAGCCCACGCUGCCACCCCUCAUGGAGGAAGGUCCGGACAGUGUGCAUUGGCUGGUCUUCCUCAUAUCACUGACAGUUUGCUGCUGUGCUCUGGUUGCCAUCAUGGUCAUCUGUUACUACAGGUACAAGGGCCAGACAGAGAGGCAGUGCUAUCACGGGGACCUGGAGAAGGAUGAGGUUUUCAUUCCUGUGGGAGAGUCUCUGAAGGACCUGAUCCAUCAUUCGCAGAGCUCCGGCAGUGGCUCAGGGCUCCCCCUACUGGUGCAGCGCACCAUCGCCAAGCAGAUCCAGAUGGUGCGGCAGAUUGGCAAGGGCCGCUAUGGUGAGGUGUGGUUGGGUCGCUGGCGUGGAGAGAAGGUGGCUGUGAAGGUCUUCUUCACACGCGAGGAGGCCAGCUGGUUCCGGGAGACAGAGAUCUACCAGACAGUCCUCAUGAGACAUGAGAACAUUCUGGGCUUCAUCGCGGCUGACAUCAAGGGCACUGGCUCCUUUACGCAGCUUUUCCUCAUCACGGAUUACCAUGAGAAUGGCUCUCUGCAGGACUACUUGAAGUUCAGCACGCUGGACACAGAGGGACUGCUACGACUGGCCUACUCAGCAGCCUGUGGAGUCUGUCACCUGCACACAGAGAUCUACGGCACACAGGGCAAGCCGGCCAUUGCCCAUCGUGACCUCAAGAGUAAGAACAUCCUUGUGAAGAAGAAUGGCACAUGCUGCAUCGCCGACCUGGGGCUGGCUGUCAAGUUCAACAGUGACACCAACGAGGUGGAUGUGCCUCUGAGUAUGCGAGUGGGCACCUGGCGCUACAUGGCCCCUGAGGUGCUCGAUGAGAGCAUGAACAAGAACCAGUUCCAGGCCUACAUCAUGGCCGACAUCUACAGCUUUGGGCUGAUCGUGUGGGAGAUGGCCAGACGCUGCCUCACGGGAGGCAUAGUAGAGGAGUACCAGCUGCCCUACGAUGAAAUGGUGCCUUUGGACCCAUCCUACGAGGACAUGCGGGAGGUGGUGUGUGUUAAGUGCCUGAGGCCAACUGUGUCCAACAGGUGGAACAGCGAUGAGUGCCUGAGAGCCAUGCAGAAGCUGAUGUCCGAGUGCUGGGCACACAACCCCGUCUCACGCCUCACCGUGCUGCGUGUCAAGAAGACACUCGCCAAGAUGAUGGAGUCUCAGGACAUCAAGAUUUGAAUACCGGAUGCCAGCUCAGCUGUGUGGAAGUGGGCAGCUCUUCACGUGGCCCUGGCAGUAUGAUGCAGAGCGACCUCUUAGUGAGAGCAGGGGGCUGGACAGCUGAGUCUCAGCCCAGUUGCUUUGCCAGGUUGUCUGCAGAGCUUCUCCUGAUGAGGACAAACUGUGCGCAUGCUGCUUUCUGUGAAAGCCAUUACAGGACAUGGCGGUGGGGGGUUGGCUGGGAUGUCAAUGAGGAAUAUUAAUAAUACCAGGCCAAGAAAUGUUAUCAAGGACAUUUGUUUCCAAAUACUCAUUCUGCCAUUUUAAUAGUUUUUUAAUAAUAAUAUUUUAAUUUGUAAGAUGUCUGUGAAGAUUCUCAGUCAUCCAGGUGAAAUUAACUGUCUGGUGGUUGAGUCAUGGCAACUGGACUUCUCUCUUGUAAGGUAGAAACGUUUCACUCAUACUUUAUUAUUUCACUUAAUGAAACAUUUCUACCUUACAAGAGAGAAGUCCAGUUGCCAUGACUCAACCACCAGACAAUUUGUAAGAUGUGUUUUUCCUGCCCUGUCAAACUAUAGGCUGGAUUUUGUGUCAAAGGUAACAGGCCUUGAUUAGUACGUAAGUACACAGCUGCUGACUGAGGUGCCCCUGUGAUCCUGCUGUUAUUACCUCUGGACUGUAUUCAGGAUUGCUGUCUGUGCCCAGAGUACGUCCAUCAGUGUGAACGGCACCCAUAAUAUCAGAGCCAGUGGCUCAUCCAGCCCUACUGUGACAGCUUUUCAAAAGAUGUCUAUAGCCCUUUUGUUUAGAGAGGAUGAUUUAGAGACUGCAGAUGCUAUGUCAGUGGGAAAAGAUAUUCUGCCCAAAUAGACCAUAUGGCUGAAUUUUCUGUGUUAUGUUUGGUUUUUACAUCAGGUGUGCUGUUGAAAACAUUGACAAUGUUCUGAGAUUUGAGGCUUAUGGGUAAUGAUAGUACGCUGUGUUUUACAUGCUGGAGUGCCUUGCUGUCGUCUUCAUGACCUGUGCCUCGUCUAAAUUUACCCAGGAGCUAAAAUACACUGAACAUAUGGGAGUUCCCCUCUGUGGGUGGACCUGUACUGUGUUGAUUGGUGAAUCAUUAUUAAAAUAUCUAUAGGCAGGCUCAGCCGAAACUACUUCA